AUUAUCCCCUUUGAAUCUCACCCACCUUUCGAAAAGCAAAGAAACUCCAACCCCCCCUCCUUCUACUCUCUCUCUCUGUAUAAUAUCUUGAACCAGCAAAAAAUGGAGAAAAUUCAAGGACAGAAAGAAAAGCAAUCAGAUAUGGCGGCCAAGCCUGUUGUAUGGGAUUGUGGUAGUUCACUUUAUGACUCCUUCGAGCUCAAAACCUUUGAACGCCAACUAGACUCGGCCAUAUCUUCAAGAACCUUAUCGAUGCCCCAUUUGUCCGAUCGACGAGCUCGUCCGCCGCCUCCGCCCCUUCAAACCUCCGCCAAAAAGUCUUCAAAGAUUUCUCGAACUCUCCACAAGCUCCUCCGAUCUGUUUUCAGGCCAAAACAAAACAGUUCUUCGCUGUUUGGAGUGCAAGAUCACUCUCAAGAUGGAAUAUUUUAUGAUGUUUAUGAUACGUCCGGCGUACUUUCCACAAUUCCAGAGGUUCCGGAGACUGCCGGAGAUUAUGACUUUUCGCCGGAAAUUACGUCCUUGGUGAGAAGAACAACCUCUGACCGGUUCAAGCCCACUUCCAUCGGUAUUUCAUGUGCUUGAUGGACUUUAGAAAGCUUAUAUGUGAUUGUAUAAUCAUGUAUUGUACAGUGUGUGAUAUGUAGCCUUAAUAUUUUAAGUUUUAGAAUGUUAGUAUUUCAAUAAAGUUUGCUUAGUAGUUGUGAAACUUUGACGUUAUCAUUGUCUCAAUUAUGCAUGUUGAUUAGCUCAAAAAAAAUUGUUU